AACCCUAUCACCAUCACAACUCCAAAUUCUCCUCCACAAAAAAAAAACCCUCACACCCAAAAACUCCCCAAAUCCCGCCGCCAUGUCGUGCUGCGGCCGCGGCCUCAAAAUCUGCCUCGUCGUCGCCUGCAUCCUCCUCCUCGUCAUCGCCGUGGCCCUAGUCGUCCUCUUCCUCGUGGUCCUCAAGCCCAAAGAGCCCAAAAUCACAACCAAGUCCGUGACACUGGACCGGAUCCAGUCCGCGAUCCUCCCCAGGCCCUUUCUCAACCUCACAUUGGGCCUCGUGGUUGAAGUCAAGAACCCAAACUACGGCAGCUUCCGCUACGACGACAGCAACGCUUACCUCGUCUACCGCGGCGACCUCGUCGGCGUGUCGCCGAUUCCGGCCGGUUACCAGAAGGCCCGGUCGACCCAGACGAUUCGGACCAACAUCACGCUGAUGGCGGGGGAGUUUUUGAAGGAUUUUGAAUUCUAUGGGGAUUUGCUGAAGGGGGUUUUGAAUUUCACGUCGACGUCGUCGCUUCACGGGAAGGCGUCGAUUUUCAAGGUGCUGAAGACGGAGGUUUCGAGCAAUUGUACGUGUGAGAUUUCGGUUCAUGUGGCUAGCCAGAAGACGGAGUCCAGUUGCAAAACUGUGGUCCGGCACUAGGUGGUGGGAGUUGGGGAAAAAAAGUGGAUUGAUUUGUAAGGAAUUUUAAAAAAGCUUUUUUUUUUUUGGUGAUUGGAAUUGUGUAGUUUUUUUUGUGGGAUUUGUGGGUUUAUUCUGUCUAUGAAAUUUCUUUCACGUUAUUGCUAAUUUUUUUUGGUUAUUGAAAUGUAGAGUUUUUCCGUUAUCGAUCGUGUUGCUUAUUCUAUAUUUGGAUUCGUAUUAAGUUGGGUAACCACAUGUAUGUUGUGGCUCAUGAUAGAAAAUUUCAAGCAUAGGUGUUUGAGCUUGAGAUAUGUCGAUUAUUGAUGAUUUUACCUAUCUCGAUCAUGUAUUAUAACUGAAUUAAGUGGCGAUUUGUUGUUAGAACCCACAUAUUGUAGAGGAAAUAUAUUUGGAUAAUUGGCUGGGUAUUGAGAAUUACUUAAAGCUUGUCGUCGAAGUCAAUUGAUCUCAAAGUGGCGAUAUGUUUAUAUUUGUUAGCAAUAUGAUAUUUUGAUCAGACUAUAAAGAAUCUUUGUGUGCUAAUUCGAGCUCUGUCCAACAAACUCCACUAAUGACGGACAUGCCCACAAGACGAAACAUAGAUAAAAUUAUCGGGGAUCAUCAUGAUCUACAUCUCGAAACUUAAGUCAUUUCGAAUUGAAGUACAAAGUAAAAUAACGAAAAUUCGUCCGAUUUAAGUGUUUGAGAAAGGAGAAGGGCUCGGACCCUUAACUUUGGACAAAAACGAUAGGGUAGGGCUUGGACCCUAAACCUCCUUAUGGGCCAGGUGGACUUCGAGUGAUAUUUUUCUCUGGGCUAUUCUAGUUUUGCCUGGUUCAUGAGUAGUUUGCCAGGAAAUAGUUGAUUCCUUCAUUAAAAAUUUGUGAAGGUACAAGAGAGUAUUCAAUUGAUGUGAUUGCAAUUUCAACCUCCAAACUGGCCCAUAUGGCUAUGAGGAAGAUGGAAUCCAGUAUGCUCUCCAGCUUUAUCCAUAAAAGCACACAUUAAGGGAUUUGUCCAUGUAACACAUUUACUCGUAUUACUUGUUAUAGUAAAGGAAGGCCAUUAAUACUGGUCAGAGCUCAUAAAACCCAAAUCCAUUGAUUAGGCUUUUAUUGAAUUGUACAAACAACGCCUCCUCCACAGCCUCUUUUUUUUUUUUUUUGUUUUUUUUUUUUUUGGGUUAUUGCAAGAGAACUCAAGCUAGAGUAGUUUUGGAGAAAAAUGGAAUAACCCAUUCAGAAUGUUUGAGCAAGCUUACCAUGGCUAAUGUUUAGGGAUCAGUGUCCUUAUUGGUUCGUAUUUGAUCUCUCGUACGAUUUUACAAGAGAACGGGACUAUGAUCAUGUAAUCAGUAUUAUCACAUUAUGAGAGGACAAUUUAGCGUGGAUUUGAGAAGCAUUGUUUGUAGGAUAGUUUAAAGAGUUGUUCCAUCAAUGAUUGGAAUGAUUUGUAAGGAUAUCCCUUUGUCAAUGGGAUAGAUUGUCCAGUUCCAUUGAAUUAUUUGAAGAUUCGAAAGAGUCAACUACUGAGAGAUUGAUUUUUUUUUAUAGAAAAUAUAGGACGUUAAUGAACUUUUAGGACAUUGUACUACGUAUAUCUCUUGGGAAACAAAUGUACUCGCUCAUAACCAUGCUCGUUUCCCUAUUUUCAGUUUGGUGAUUGCAAUGGAUGGUUAGAUGAUUUCUCUUCUUUUGUUUCAGACAUUAUUAUUCAUUUAUUUAAUUCAAUUUGAUACAUAGUAAAUUUAGUUCACAAGGUGCCCCUCUCUUUUUUCUAGACGAAAAAAAGGUUAGUUGAUCAUUAUCUUUUAUCUAAUGAUCAUAGGUGCAAUGUAAACUCUACCACAAUAACAAACCUAAGAAAAUCAAGAGCCCAUAUGAAAACUAGAAUGAGCCACAUAAAAUUCACAACGAACGACUAUUACAUGCAUUCUCCUCUGAAUUUCGAAGUUUUGUAAAAGACGUUCGUUUCAGUUUAUCAAUACAAACUAUCGAGAUCGGAACUAUUUUCUUUCUGAACUUCUCUUUCAUGUCAUAGGAUGCCAUUGUAUGUUACUACUGGCCAUGGUACUUAUAUGUUAGUAGCAACACUGACAUGUAGUUGAAGUAAGAGAAGAGUUGGCUGGGAAGAGUAUGCUUAUAAUUUGGUUUGGUUGGUCCAAAAGAUUCUGUGGCGAGCAAUCAUAUUGGAAGCCAGAAUGGCAUAGGGGCAGGAAGACGAUGUGGUUGGUAGGCAUAUUGAACACGCCAGCCAAUGCAAAUUGCAAAAGCGUGGCUACAAUUAAUGUUUCGCUGCUCUUAUAGGACAGUUUGGAAAAUAUGAUUGAACUUGGUAUGGCAUGAUGUAUUUCAAAAUGCAUGUAUUAGGAAAUAAUAAGAUAUACAAUUUGAUAUUAGGUUAAGAUUAAGUUGAAUUUUUUAAACCGAGCUCAUUUGGUGUUAUUUUGGACAUGCAUGUUCAUGUAUCACGUAUGUGUUGAUGAGAUGAGUUAAUUAAGUCUUACAAUUUUUUUAAAUUAAAUCCAAAUAAUUAUUACUUUUAAAGUGCAUCCAAAAUCACUAUAAGUAACAUUGGUUCGAUUGCAAUUCACAUGUGUUAUAUUGGUUCGUUUUAUAGAGAAUAUAUUGUACGUUAAAGAAUUGUCGGCAACUAACUAUCUACUUAUCUGAUUCAUUGAAUUCCAAAAUUGAAAAUAUACAUUCUACAAAUCACGCCAACUUGAAACCGCCCUCUAGUUUGAAACUGACAAUUUUUUUUCUUUGUGUCAGCCAAGACAAUGAACUGAAGUAAUGAAGUGAAGCAUGUUGUACUCUCCUUCGAGCAUGGCAGUUGAUGAAGUCCGAGGGAGAUAAAGAGGGGCGCUUCAUCAGAGUUUUUACUGUAAAUUUGAUAAAUCUGAUUUGAACAUAACUGAAAAUUGUUAAAAAUUUGAGGAUAUAUACAAAGAUUAUUUUCAUAUUAUUUUUAACUAUAUUUAAGCAUAGAUUGAAAUUGUCGUCCCCUACCCAACUCAUUACAGUUUGCUGACGGAAAUUCGAUGUCCUUGUUUGCAUCCUCGACAAAUCCGAAUUGAACAUGUAAUUUCACUUGGAUUACAUUGAGACAAAAACAUCCAUAAUAAUAUAAGUAAUCGGACCACCUACUUCUCCUUUUAGCAUCCGUUUUCCUUUGACAAAUACAUAAAAGAACUUGAA